UCAUCAAGGGAAAGCAUGAAGUUGUUCAUUUUGGUCGCCCUGCUUGGGCUCAGCCUCGCCCAGCACAACCCCAAUAUCAAGAAUGGAAGGACAGCCAUCGUCCACUUGUUUGAGUGGCGCUGGGCCGACAUCGCUGCAGAGUGUGAGCGCUACCUGGGUCCCAAUGGCUUUGGUGGUGUUCAGAUCUCUCCUCCAAAUGAACACAUUUUGGUAGACAAUCCCUGGAGGCCCUGGUGGCAGAGAUACCAGCCAAUUGGCUACAAUUUGUGCUCCAGAUCUGGCAGUGAGAAUGAGCUGAGAGACAUGAUCACCAGAUGCAACAAUGUUGGGGUCAACAUCUAUGUGGAUGCUGUCAUCAACCACAUGUGUGGAUCUGGUGGUGGAGAAGGAACCCACUCUUCAUGUGGAAGCUGGUUCAGUGCCUCCAAGAAGGAUUUUCCAAGUGUCCCAUUUUCCUACUUGGACUUCAAUGAUAACAAAUGCAAGACCGGCAGUGGAGAGAUUGAAAACUACGGUGAUGUAAAUCAGGUGCGUGACUGUCGUCUGGUUGGCCUUUUGGAUCUCGCCCUUGAGAAAGAUUAUGUUAGAGGAAAAGUGGCCAACUUCAUGAACAAGCUGAUUGACAUGGGCGUAGCUGGAUUUAGAGUGGAUGCCUGCAAGCACAUGUGGCCUGGUGACCUGGAUAAUGUUUACCGUCGCCUUAACAACCUCAACACCAAGUGGUUCCCUAGUGGUUCCAGACCCUUCAUUUUCCAGGAGGUCAUCGAUCUUGGAGGUGAGCCCAUAUCAGCAAAAGAGUAUUACCAUCUGGGAAGAGUAACUGAGUUCAAAUAUGGUGCCAAACUGGGAGAUGUCUUUAGAAAAUGGAAUGGCGAGAAGCUGUCUUACACUAAGAACUGGGGAGAGGGAUGGGGCUUCAUGUCUGAUGGCAAUGCUCUCGUCUUUAUUGACAACCAUGACAACCAGAGAGGUCACGGUGCUGGUGGUGCAUCCAUCAUUACUUUCUGGGACUCCAGACUCUACAAGAUGGCUGUUGGCUACAUGCUGGCCCACCCUUACGGAGUCACCCGGGUCAUGUCUAGCUAUCGCUGGGACCGCAAUUUUGUGAAUGGAAAAGAUCAGAAUGACUGGAUAGGCCCUCCCAGCAACAGCAAUGGAGCCACCAAACCUGUUCCCAUCAAUCCUGAUCAGACUUGUGGAGAUGGAUGGGUGUGUGAGCACAGAUGGCGUCAAAUUAAGAACAUGGUCAUUUUCCGUAACGUGGUCAACGGACAGCCUCAAGCCAACUGGUGGGACAACCAGAGCAACCAGGUUGCCUUUGGACGUGGAAAUCGGGGUUUCAUUGUUUUUAACAAUGACAAUAGUAUCCUGGAUGUGACCCUGAACACUGGCAUGCCUGGUGGCACAUACUGCGAUGUCAUUUCUGGCCAGAAGGAAGGAAGCCGUUGCACCGGGAAGCAGAUCCAAGUUGGUGGUGAUGGUCGUGCCCACUUCAACAUCAGCAACAGUGAAGAGGACCCAUUUAUUGCUAUUCAUGCUGAAUCCAAGCUGUAAACUGUAACUCAAAAUAAAUUUCACUUCAGAACUUAUGUGAUGAUUUGGAUGUUAAUUAAAUUAUCUUUGUGGUUCAUAUAAACCAGCAGUUUGAGAGGAUGAUGGAUGAUUAACAAAAAGUAGAAAUGUACACCACCAUAGCCGUAAAUAAGCUCAAUCAAUUUCUAUAUCAUUUUCUAUAUCAAUUUACCAAAGUUAAA